CGAAUGAAAUCGAAAAUACUCAAAGUCUGUGCAAGCAGAACUUUCGGCCUAUCAGAAAAUAAGUUGUUUUUCGCGGCGAAGCCGGGGCCUGGUGGUGAGCGGCGCCUACCGGAAGAGCCAAACGCUGCUACGUACACAAGGAUACAAGCCAGCAUAGCAUCGCACACGAGGUGGAACAACUUUAGGAAUGUUUCGCCGCCUUCGCCGAACCGUUUCACCGUCUCAGCGCUCCUGAAACUCGCCCGUCUAUGUCUGGCCACGCUGAGAACGGAAGCCUUCGACAAGCAAUAAUUUGGAGAAAGGUGGCGUCCCGUGGGCGCUGGGGGGCAUGGCGGUAGAGGAACCCCCGAUGCGGGAGGACGCAGCACAGGUGGCUCCGUGCCAGCACCGUGAGGGGGUGCCUGGAGGGGGCGCCACCCCUCCGGGGGCCCUGACCCCUCGUGGACCAGCACCUCUACUUCCAGACGGCAGUGCCAAGGGUGGAGGAGGUGGGGGCGGCCAUGAUGACGAGCUCACCAGCCUCACCUGGCUGCAGGACACGAACCUGCUUCGCAAGUUAGCUGGGCCACCGUCCUCGUCGGCCAACCACCAGGGGAACGGGACGAUGGCAGCGGCUGCAGGUAGCCGGAGCUCGGGCAGCACGACGUCAGCCACGUCGGUGGGCGAAGACGACGAGUCUCGGGAGUGGGGGCCCCCGGGACAAGUGCCCUACAACCCUCAGGUGCAUGUGACAUCGAAGCCUCCGUACUCCUUCAGUUGCCUCAUUUUCAUGGCGAUCGAAGAGUCGGCCGGCAAGGCUCUGCCCGUGAAGGACAUCUAUGCCUGGAUCCUGGGCCACUUCCCCUACUUCCAGCGGGCCCCCACGGGCUGGAAGAACUCGGUCCGGCACAACCUCUCCCUGAAUAAGUGCUUCCGCAAGGUCGACAAGGACAAAGGACAGAACAUCGGCAAGGGAUCCCUGUGGUGCAUCGACCCAGAAUUCCGGCCAAACCUGCUGCAGGCCAUGCGCAAGACGCCCUGCUUUCCCUACACUCACCUCAACUGGGCAGCCCCUUCGACACCUCACUCAGUGCCUUCUCAAGACAAUGGUGAUAAAGCCUUGUCUCCAGACCCAUCUCAAGCCCAGAACAAUGUUCCAUCACCCACACUCUUCCCCUUCCUGUCGAAGAGGCUUGCUGCAUCUUCAACGAAAGAUCAGGACGUCGACGCUGCCGCCGCUGCAAUGUUGGCUCUGCAGAAUGUCCCCAGCAUCCUGCCUCCUCUGAGUGACGAGGAAGAUGAUGAAGAGGAAGAUGAUGGCUACCGGGACUCCCCUCCAAGCCCCGUCAUGUUCACCAAGAAGCACCUCAGGCUACGCAAUCGCAGCACCGAGAUGACGCAGACACCGGUCGGUGCCAAUGCAACGGUGAUCACGAGCAGCCCCAGCGAGGAUCACACGUACAGCGCCUCGCUCUCGAACGGCCUUGGUGGGGAUUCGGGCAACACCUUGUAUCACAUCUCCAUUUCCCCGGUCCGAAACCUGGGGUCAUCGCCGGCAAAGAAGGAGCCAGAAGAGCAUGACGACAAUCUCCAGGAGGAGAACAGCAAUGGCAGCAUCGGUUCCAGCAGUGGAGGAGGACUCGGCAGGCUUCCAUUGUCAUCAGUGCCUCCGCGCAAGCGGAGGGCUGCCCUGGCUGCAGCAGCGGCGCUCCCGCGCAAGUCGAAACGUCAAGCAAGUGCGGCUUCCGCACGCAGCCGAAGUGGCGGCAGCUCCGCCGCAGCUUCUUCCGCUUCCUCUUCAUCCACGAUGAACAGCAGCAGCCACAGCAGGAACGACGUUGAGGACAUGGCGGAAGGCGCGGCACACGCGCUUCUCAACCUGGCAAAGGUGGCGACGAGCCAGCAGCAACUUAUGCUGCAAAGCAAAAGUUCUUCUCUGGUGGGGGGUGUACGGGAACGGCGGUGAGAGGCUGCAGUGAACAACCUGUGGAUGUGCCGACCUGACUUUCGAGCUGUUCGUCAUCUGGAGCAGAGGAACGGAGAGCCGACGUAGAGCUGGUUUUUUUAUCGUCAUGACGUGGUGGCAAAGCGAAUUUCCGAGAUGGUGUUACGUGUUAUGCUCGGGCGACGCAGUUGCGGGGGUGCCUUUAGGCACGAGGACACGCGGCGGUGCCCACUGCCUUGUUGGCUUGUUGUUGUUCUCUUUACCCGCUGAUUUUAGCCAUUUUUUUUUCUCGUUGGCAUUCAAAGCACGGGUCUUCUAACGUGCAUUCCUUAAUGAGCAGCCACUUCGCAAAGAGCAAGAGCACAGGACUCUUUACCAAUUGGCUUCUUUCUUAUCAAGCUGGCGACAUACUGCGAAAUUGUUGCUUGUUGAAGGAAAGUAAAUGUCAAUUUGUAAUGCUCAGCUUGGUGAGAGGGAUGAAAGUGCAACGACUAAAUGCCGAGGCAGUAGCAGCAGGCACUUGGCAGGUAGCAAUACAAGUACUGCUUGAGGAGCAUCAUGAAUCUUUCUGCCCGCCUCCCUCUGUGGUAAAUGACAAGCAACACUGGCCAUUUGUACGGGUCAGUGUAUGGAUGCUUGUUUUACUAGUUAACAGUUGAUUGCAUUAAGAUUUCUCUUUCACUCAUUUUUUUUCCCAUCUCUGUGCUCACGCGACAACCUAGUAUGAACUCAUGGAGUUUCGGACACUGGAAACGAGACCCAUUUCGUACUGGCAGUACUUCUUGUUUGGCGCUUUCGCGUAAUUGCUUUGGUUUUUCUUAAAACCUUCAUCUUUCUUACGGUAGCUUUACAAGUAGCGGCUGCUGUUGUUGCACGGCAAUUUUGGUUUUCUUGAUUUCUAGCUCAACUCUUCUUGCACGCUUUAGACCAGCGAAUUCAUUCAGGUGCCAGAAGAAUAGCAUUGGCACUUCAGUCAUGUUGCAGAUUUUUUUUUUUUUUUUCUUAUGCAUCCUUGUAUCAGAAGCAAGAAAAUGCUGGGGGAAAAGUACAACAUCCUCUGUAUACUCUGGCCUUGCAUACUAGGUCAUACCAACAGGUUUUUUUUUUUUUUUUCCCCUAAAAGGCUCGAAUGCUACUGUUCUAUGAGCAAGUAGAUACUUUAAUUGGACUGUGCUUGCCUAAAGUGAAAUCCCAGAGGGGCUGAAAUUUCAAUAGUUGAACCUACGCUAAGUGCCAUAAACUUUGCCCAUAAAUCAGUCCAGUUUCCUGCAGCUUUAUGUGGUUGGCUUUGCCGAUAGAAAAAUUGAGGUACGCACCAUUAAAUAAAGCCGCACAGGACCGGCAGCGUUCAUUGCUGUGUGACAAAAGCACAUCCUUAAGACCAUAAUGAUUGCCAUUAUCAUUACCAGAGUGCAUUUUUAUUCCAUGAAACUUCAAUAUACUGUGGGAGGCACGUCCUCGUAGUGCCCCUGCAUUGGAAUUCAGGAAAUUAGCAGAAUUUCUGAAUUCUGAAGAAAUGCACCUUGAGUAGUGUAAUAUUAAGGAGUGCAGCUUUUGGACUUUAAGGUGGGUGUAACACUUAAAAAAUACACCCAGAUAAGUUUAAUCUGUUUCAGUGGGUAGCAUUUCUUUUAACUGACACUUAUGUGGAUGUAGAGAAAACACAGGGAAGGCAGGAGACUGAAAUUCGAAGCGAUGAGCAAAACUAGAACAACGUAAAAGUGGGAGUUGACGUUUCGACAAGUGGACUUGUCUUUUUCAAGGCGACAUAUACUUUCCCUGCACAUUAUCUUUGCAGAUUGCAAACAGUUUGGAAAUUGGCUUGGACGUAGUGGCUGAAGGGUUGCUUCCCUCCUCACUUGUUCAGUUGUCAUCGUAGCAGCGUCACCACUUGGCCCCGUGUUCUAGAACGUCCCCUCCAUUAAAUGCUCCACCUCGCUUGAUAAAUGUGGACGGCAGGAAUCACCGCCAUUUGACAAAAAAUGGUCCCUGCGCUUUAUUGACACUCUCUGGCAAACCUUGAGAUGCAUAGCAUCUUCUUCAAUCAAGGGCCUUAAGCAUGCUCGACUCUCUGAAGUGCAGGAAGAGCUUCAAGUUGAGGACUGUUUGAGAAAGUGGGUUACUGUAAUUGCACGAGUUUAAUUCUUACUUUGUUUUCUCUGCUGUAGUUACUGCACCUAGCACUGUAUUGGGGAGCCAGGCUGCAGUUAUAAUGCUAAACUUCUCGCAAAAGCAGCUCGAACUGGUGUGUAGACUUCACAGUGCUGGGAUCAUCUAUUUAAGCACCUGAGCUGGGGGCACAGGCCAGCACUUAUUUUGUAGUUUGCAAGUGGGCUUGCCCACGCAGAUGAAAUGCAAAGCAGUGGAACAGCAUUGGCAGGCCUGACAAGGGCCCAAAUUUGCAGGCCGAGUUGUGCUGCUGAUAGAUAAGACCUAAUUUGAGAUGACAGAUUCAGUUCAAUUCGGUUUAUUUCCUUCUUAUGCAAAAAAUAGAAGCAAGAGCUAAAGGCUUUCACAUGUGGUACAAAUAGCAUUACAUGUCCUGCACUUGCUGUUCCUGUUUAGCACUUACUGCCUGUGGCUUCGUAUCAAGCUAUAAUUGUUUGCAACUCUUUUUUUUUCUUAUCUGCGAGCUUUUGCCAGUAAUUUUUUUAGUUAUACUCGUGCAAACUUCUAAUUGUCUUAUUUAUUUUCUUCUAUAUGCAGUUGAACCUCGCAAUAACGAAAUCAGCGGGAACGCGAAAACGUAUGCUUUUGCGAAAAUUUUGAUGUUUUAAAAUACGACGGCACAGAUAGGCAAUGCGUCGCAGAAUGAAACUCAAAAUUCCGUUAGCCUAGAUUGGCAAGCUCUGCUCGAGGAUAUAGAACCGCAUUGCCGACAGUACAAAGUACGUUGCAUGCGUCGAUCAGCAGCGGCAGCACCGCCAUGGAGCAGUAUUCUUGGUCAAUUGCUUUUCGUGAUACGAUGACUUUUGCAACGUUUUGCGUAAGCCGGCACCAGACAGCAGAGCAACAGCGCUCCACGCGUGCAGCAGCAUUUUUCCGGUGCACACUGUCACCCAUAGGUGCCGACACGUCCGGUGCAGAGUGCGCAAAUGAUCGUACCUCGUAUACUCAAAAGCAAUCGAUCGAGAUUACGGCAACUUGGUGCAAAUCUAUGCCUGGCGCCUAAUCUGCACGUGAUGCCUCCGGAGUGGCACCAAAAUCGGCGUUCUUGAAGUAAGGGAUGCACGUUCCCCGAACAAUAGCUCAAUCACAACGCAAUACGUGGUACUCCAUACUGCGACCACCGUCUCAAGCACCAUAAACAAUUCCACAUCAGUGGCACAUGGAUUUCCAUGUUUUUGCUGCAUCCUCCUCACCAAGGUGCACAUUACGCACUACACUAGGUGUGCAAAAGCCGUCGUCACGUGUCGGUAGCGACAUGCGUGCCGCUUCAAGCUGGCAGUCAACAGACAGGAUGGCAGGCAUGACAUGUUUCCAGCACACGUGAUCGCUUCUGACGUUUGAUUGUUUUUGUAAACAUAAAUGGCGGCAUAUAAGUGUAACGUGGUUGUAUUUAUGCAAUUUUAGUGCAAAGGAAUUGCAUUUGAGCACAUUUUAGAGCUUGCUAGCCUUGCGCGAGUAGGUAAUACACAUAGUUAAUUUCCAGCAAAUUUCAUUGAUGUGAGAUUGUAGUACAGUGGCACUUCACUGUCAAGAGGUACGAAAUCCAUUGAAUCAGGUUGUUUGCCAGGGAUACGAAAAUCUUUUAUUGCCGCGAGAAUUUCGUUGUCACGGGAUUUCGUUAUUGCGGGUUUCGACUGUAUAUGGUUUCCUUAACUCGUGUGUUGUGGUCCGUAGGAGGCUCCUGCUCUUUCAUUCAUAAUUUGUGGAGGAGGAGGUUGGGGAAUGUUCCCAUGUCUCGUGUCUGUUUUUUUAUUAUUAUUAUUAUUAUGUUAAUCCCCCCCCCCUUGUUACUUCCUCCUUUGCUGAAAAGCUGCAUUUGCUUAAGCAAGCCGAAAUUGGUCUAUCCUUUUCUUUUUAUAUUUAUGUCAGCUUUCCUGCUUCUUAUCGAUUGUUUUCUGCAACAUGCCUCUGCAACACGCCUCUGCAACAGACUACUCUCCGGAGACAAAAUAGAAUGACAUAAGAUGCACCAUUUGCUUGACCCCAGCUCCAUCACCUCCAUCCCAAUCCCCCUUCUCUUUCUCUCUAUCUCUCUCUCUCUUGUAAAGGCCUGUGAUGUUAAAGGCCCAUGAUUUUGUAGGCCUUCGCAGUUGAAACAAGGCUAAAAAUUUUUAAAGGCAAUAAUGUGCGGUCUCAAGCACAAACCUGUAAUUGUGACGUCAGUGAGAGCAGGCUGUGCUAUCUAAUCGGGAGAAGUCGGAGGCAGCGAUGAGAGGUGUUUAGAUGAUGGCAGUCCGUGUGUUGAGCGUCCCCAGAGUGGCGGCGCUAGGGCAUUCCAUCACCCUAGUGACCGAGUGGAGUUGCGAGGCCGCCUAUCUUUGAGCAGCGUUGACUUACGAUUGACUGCGAGUGAGUUUUUUGUGCGACCCUUCCACACGAAAGUUAACUCAUACACAAGACAGUUAACCGUUAAAUUUUUAAUGUUCAUUUGCUGUUCCUGUUGGCCUCGUAAUCUCCCUCAACCAGGAUUGGACGAGUGAAUCUAGAAAAUGCUCAUCAAAUGGCUGUGCAAGCAUGUACAUAAGAAAGGAAGGUGUGGGGCGAUGGGAGACGGACAUGCACGAUGCCACCCGACAAAAGUAAUAAGGCAUGGGAUGAUGGAAGCUGUAAUAUAUGAGAUACAAAGGAUUGCUGGCGGCACUAUAAAUAGUUGCAAAUGCUAUAGUAUAUAUACAUAUAUAUAUAUACACAUUAUUAUAUAUAUAUAUACAUACACAUGCACACAAAGAAUAGAUCUACAUAAUCUAAAUGUUAUAAACGCCUCCUCUAGACAUGCAGCACUACAUCACAGUGAAUGGUUCACGCAGAAGGAAAACGUUUCGGAAGGAAGAGUGUGUGUGUGUGUCCCUAUUACUUGCUCGCCUUGUUUCCUAAAGACCAUGGCAUACCGCGACUAACGCUCCAAUAUCCUUGGUAGCUUUUCUUUUUUUCUUCUUUCAGUUCUUGCAAUCAGAAGAGUGACUUUGAUGUACCGUAGCAGCUUUUGCCACGGCGGUUCCGUAUAACCUUGUGGUUUGUUUGACUAUUUCAGCACGAGUGUUUUGUUCUGAUACAGGCUGCUGAUAGUUGAGUGCACGUCAUUGCACGGUGUGUUAGUGGGCAGGCACUUUUUUUUUUCUUUCUCUCUUUGUAAUAUCGCAAAUGUCUCCAGAUGUAGGUGCACUUUCGUACUUGUAGAGAUUGGGUCGCCCCUGCUUUUAGAGGAUAGAAUUGCGUGUGCAUUUUUCGUUUUCAUUCUUAUUUUAGAUGACUGGCCAUCGACGGCACGUUGUGCGACGGAAGCCUAGAUGCGUUGCAGUACAGUUUGCACAUAUGUUCACACACACGUGGUUUUUCUAUGCUUCUCCUUUGUGACUGCGCUUUCUUUGCCGAAAUGGGGGAAUGUGUCUUGUCGGCUACAAAAACCACCCACGCCAUGCGCGCCCAAGCACGGGACAGCCUUGAUUCGGUGUCGGACAGUGUUUGUUGUAUACCUUUGUGUCAAAACGGCCCGGCUUUUUGCCUUGUCUGAAUUGACCGUACAAAUAUUAAGGUGCCGAUCUUGCGGAGCGCUCCUGUAUGCAUCGAGACGAAACCGUGUCACCGCGGACAGAACGCUCACAUUCAGAUGUCUGCUGUGGUCGACGUAGCAAAGACAGCAGAGGAAUGUUGGCUUGCAAAAAAAGCUUGAUCAUCUACUGUGCCCCAGUUCCGAAAGUGCGACACCGAAAAAUGGCACACGUGGAAGCGCUUCACAUUGUCGGGCCAUUACACUCUUCGAAGCUUCUGCAUUUUGUGUGUGCGUGUGUGUGCAGCGCAGGACUUUAGUUUUGCCAGCGUGUGUACUUCUCAUCGCAUUCUCACCGAUGUCCAGAGCACUUCUUGUGUUGUCUCCGGGCGGGACAGAAGGCAGUGUUGGUGCGGACGUUUCUGCGGAGAUUCAGUUUGCAACGACGAUGCAUCUAUACGAGAAGGAGAAGUUUGCAUCACUGAGCUCAAGCCUGUGGUUGCACGCAGUAUUAUGUGCACUGUGUUUUUUGCCAAAAGUCUAAGCACUGUUUCUUUGCAGGAGUGAGACGGGAGAGUCUCUGGGUUUUUUGCCCACAGCAGAAGGUCUUGUUGGGUAUGGGCGCUUGCGUCCCGAGUUUUGCUUCGAGGAGCACAAUGUUGUUGGUGACACCAGUGAGGGUUUUCAAGCUGUUGCAAAUGAGGAGAGAGAGAUUCUGUGCCAAAAGCGUCAACCACGGCGUGGUUAGUUGAUAGGAGGUGGAGAAAUGUAGGUGACAGUAGUAAUAACACGAACACCACCUGUACAGAAACAUUCUUUCCACCAGUUCAGUGUUUGUUUUUCUUUUCCCCUGUGUCACUUUGUAUGUCUUCAAUGAGAGAUUGAGCAUGGAGGUGGCGUACUAACCAUGGGUGUACAAUGGAAAGCAUGGGCACAAGGUAGCACAGUGCUUGCGGCGACGUCUUGCAAUGCUGCGUUCAACCAAAGUGUGCUGGACUUCUUUUACAGUGACGAACUGUAUUCCACUCAAUCCACAGCUAUAAGCUUACAGGCACAGCGACAUAAUAAUCGUGAAAGUGUCCUUGCAUCUUUCUUUUUCCAAAGAGGAAACUCGUGCAAUGCAAGAACAUUGCUAGUGCAAGACGGUUGACUUCCCUCCGCAUCGCAAGGUGUUGCCAUGAGCAUUGCUUCCCCCAAGAAUGUCUCCCAGUAUUUUUACAUACAGCUGUGCUAGUACGUUGUCGCUACGCUAAGGCCCUCUAACGUUGUGUCUGUGUGAGUGCGUGUGUGUAUGGAUUGUUGAGUGCUUGCAGUGUUCCAACUCUGCAGGGAGAAAAAGCGGCUUCUCUGCUUUAUGCAGAAACGUUGCUACUGCUGCAGCGCAGCUAUUAUCCCGUGUGUGUACAUUUGUUCCUAACCUGUAGAAACGGUGACUGUCUGUACGUCAGGCAAGCGGUGAGUCUAUCCUAUGCAAAAAAAGACUGUUUUUCUCUUCCUCUCACUCGGGCUGUUGGUAGCGCCUAAAUCUUGCCAGCCUGGCAGCAAGGUUGCUGGAAACGUGAGAAGUAUGAAGGUGUUGACGCUUCCUUUGCGAGUUUUGUCGCAUGUUCCCUUUGGGCUGUGUUUGUCUGGCAGCCUCUCCGCGUGCUUUUACUACUAACGAGUUGCUGCAUGUUCCCUCUGGGUUUUAGCAAUAAUCAACAAAGCAAUCAUCGCUAGUAAAGUGUAUGUGUACCGAAACAUCGAGACGCACCAACGGGAGCAGGCUCGCAGAGCUCCUCGUUAUAAACGUACGCUUUUAUUGCCCAGCACCUUGUCUUCUUUGUCUGUAUUAUUUUCUUUUUUGAAGAUCUGUUUGAAUGUCAUGUGCCUGAUGCAACAAACACUUCAUUUUGGCCUUCUGAGUUGCUCGUCUUUUUUCUUCCUUGCUUAGAACGUUUGUGUGUGUAGGAGAUGUUAUGGCGAAGUUAGAACAAGCCUUGUAAUACAAAACCAGUUGUCUCAUUUGUUCUUGGGUUUGGUGUCAAUCUCGGAUGAAAAUGGCAAAACAUCAUCUGUGAGUGUGUGUGCGCUUUGCUUGACUUAUUGCACUGACCACAAACAUUAGUAGCAAACUGCUACACCUUGGCACCGCAUGACUGCGACGGAAGGUGACCGGUACACUUUACUGAUGAGACACCCUGGCAGAUGUUGCAAUGGCAUGUGUGUUUGUGUCACCUGCCGUAGCAACAGUGUUUGACAACCUAUGCAGCUGUGUAGUCGGACGUGUCUUAUCGUUUCUCAGUUCCAGCUACAUUGUAUUUCCCCAUUUUUUUUAUCCCCCCUUUGCAGAUACACCUCACAUCACAAACACUAGUUGUUUAGGUUGUGCACAUUACGGUUAUUGGCAUACACAAGUAAAUACAGGCUGCAUUACCUUGGCCGGCCACUUUGCACAGCUAUUGCGCUCUGUAAAGACUCAAGCAAGUGUCGCACAAUGUCGGAGCAACACAAUAUUGGCUGCUUCCCAUGUUGUGGAAAGUUACUUGAGAAAGAAAUUGCCAUCUUGCCAGCUGUAGCAAAGUGGUACAGAGGGAGAUGAACCAUUCGAACAGUAGCAAAUGGUUGCAGGACACCAUACUUCUGGCUACUGAGAAACUUUUCUCAUCUUAGCACUCCUUCCACCUUGUCAAUUUCCAGAAAAAUCAACCUGUGGUUUCAAGAUCCACGUAUUUGAACGCAUGACCUGGUCAAACCGCCCCGCGAUUACGGUAUAGUGACGAUAAACACGGUGCCUGUUCAGAAGUCACUUUCACCAGUCGCCAGUCUAUGCACCCAUAUGCACUGGUCCACACUGCAAAAAUAGAGUAUGAGUUGGUGCAUAUAUGUUUCAGCAUUGGCGUUUCAUUAAAGUGUUAUGGUGGCAGAACAAACGAGCAGCAGCAUCUGGCGGCGUUUUGACAAUGCUCUCAACUAAAAUGCAUGGGCCUCCAUUUGCAUACUGCCACUGCAUACUGUCAUCUGCUGGUGUGAGCAGUCUUAGUACUGAAGAAAAUUCUUAUGCGUUCUGGACCAGAAUAAUACAACGGUUCCAAUGCUAUUCCCUCUUGCGCUUCAUCAGUAGCUUGAGUGGCUUGACUGGCACUCGUGCUUACAUUAUCGUUGCGAUAGCCGGUCACGAAUUGUGCAUGUUAAAAAAAAGUAGAGUCGACUAAAAGGAGUUUAUACAUAUUACCCUGAUUUGAAUCUCUACCGGAAUGGCUGUUUGCAUCUGUGUUCUAUUGUUGCACUAAAACUAAGACACAGAAAGGUAUAUCCGCUAGGUAAAAUGCUCUAAUAAUUUAAGAAGCUUGUAAUGUGGCCGGCCAUAAGUACAGUCUCGGAUGGCACCCAUUUUGAUUUAAUCGAUGUGCAACUAGAGUAGAAGCCUGUUGCCAUAUUCACAAGAAUGUAUGAAAAGCAUGUUUUCCAGUGAAACAUUACAAUCCCAACCACAUGUUAAAUGUGGGGUACUUGCGGCGGUCACUCGUCGCACUAGUAAAAUUGCGGAAAUCGUACGAACGAGCAACGCACCAGGUUAUCUUUUUUUUAAACUUCGCCUCAACGGCAAUAAUUACUGCCAAAAUGCAUGAAAGCUGCGUUUCUUCACAGCUUUUUCUUUUAGCUAACUGUGUUGGUGUUUUGGUCAUAUCACUACUGAAGUUCCAGAGACUACUCGCUUUGAUCUAUAGUGCCUCUCCCCCAAUUUCUUUCUUCUCAUUUCUUGUGAGCUGAAGGGAAUACACCUAUUACCCUUCUUGCGACAAAUUCCACUGCUCUUUCUGGAGGUGCCGCCUCGAACCUGAAGCGCUCAAGAUGAUGCUCGUAUUUCACAAAUCUGUUUUGCCAGAGAAAAGCUAAAUGCUCCGUGCCAAAUAACAUUGCAUGUUCUCCACACGUAGCCACUCUACUAUUCCAGUCAAGUUGUUCCUCUGCAGCUACCAGGUUACGAGGGUUGCAAAAGUACAUCGGUAGUGUUACUGACAUCUACUACAUUGCUCUCAUCCGCUGCGCUGCCGUCAUCUUACUUGCUCAAGCUACUUGUGGAACAGUUCUUGUGGCUAAUUAAAACACACUAUAGGUUAUCUAAAAGAAAAAACCGUGUCUGGAAAAAUUGUCGGAAAGAUGUCAUGAACAAUGCUACAGAAAAAGAAAAGGUUAUCCUCCCGAUUGUAACAGGCUGCUAAAAAGGACUCGUUGCAAAGGACAGGGAACCGAGUAUCCGAGUAUCUCGUAGUCAUUUCCCAGCAAUCGCGUGGAUGGAAAUUUGUGCCGAAUGCGCAGAGAGCAAGCUACCAUCGCUUGGGUUGAUCUUAAAUGACCCAUGGCUAACAAGUUAUACGCUACGGGGCAAGAAGAUGAAAAGUCUACUCCAGAAUGAUCAAUGGCAUUUGUCCAUUGUGAGGAAGUGCGGUUUUGGCAGAUCAUGCAAGAGGCGUGUGUAUAGGAACUGGAAAAUUGGAAAGACAAUGUUGGCCAGGACGGGCACACUACUGCGAGCAACCACGCCAGUGUUUUGUGUGUGUGUGUGUGUGUGUGUGGAUGCGUGUGUGUGGUUUCGGAUCUGUGUAAAUACGGCGUCUAUACUGUUGUUGAAGAGAAAAAGAAAAUAAUGUUACGAUAUGCACAUUUUUUCUAAACCGAGCAUUAGUCUCUCCGGUUUCUGUAGGACAGUCCUGUGUCGAUGCCAAUACCAUUGCCAAACCACAGCUGAUGGGAUUGUGUCUGCUGCAUAUUUUAGAUAGAAUGAAAAAAGGGACACCUUCUUUUUCUUUUUAUUUUUCUUUUUUAACUGUUUGAAAUGAAGAAUGUAUUUCAAUAAAUAGAGAUGUGUAAAACUAA